AAAAUUAAUUUUAUACCGAAAACUUUUCUAAAUUUCCGACACCCAAUUGAAAUUUUGUGAUAUCAAAACAAAACCAUCGCAAGUAUGGAGUGCAAAGAUCUAGAGAAUGAUGUCUGCGAGCUAAAGGAAAUGGUUAAGUCGCAAAACAAACGCAUUGAUGAGCUCAUCAAGCAUAUCAAGGAAGGCUGCAACCAAUUGGAAGCAAAAGAGUUGAAGUCCAGCUUGUUCAACAUGAAUCCCUACCUCGAGUGCCUCGAUCCCGAUAUUUUAUACCAUCUCAAUCUCGAUACGCGUGCAACGAACUUUCCCAAGGUCUUUGGCGAUGUGCGCUUUGUCUGCAUGGGCGGAACGGAGUCGCGUAUGGAACAGUUCGCCACAUUCAUUAUGACGGAGAUCGGACUGAAGAUGAACAAAGCUGUUAGGCUGACAAAUAUCGCGGCAGAGGCACAUCGGUAUUCCCUGUUCAAGGUGGGACCAGUGCUCUGUGCCAGUCAUGGUAUCGGCAAUCCUUCGAUUAGCAUUGUCCUGCACGAGCUGUUGAAGAUAAUGCAUUAUGCCAAGUGCCAGAAGCCGGUGUUCUUUCGCAUGGGCACAUGUGGUGGCAUUGGCAUUGAGCCGGGAACAGUGGUCAUCACAUCGGAGGCUUUGGAUGGUCAAUUGCGUGCCGUCUACGAGGUCGUUAUUCACACCGAGCCCCAGCUGCGACCAACCGUAUUAAGUAAGGAUUUGAUCAGAGAGCUGAAAUCGUUAACGGAGCCCUGCACGGAUGGCUAUGACACCAUUGCUGGCAAGACAAUGUGCUGCAAUGAUUUCUACGAGAGUCAGUCCAGAAUGGAUGGCGCCUUCUGCGAUUAUAAGCCCGAUCAGAGGACGGAAUUCCUCAAGCGCAUCUCAAUGUCUGGUGUGGUCAACAUGGAAAUGGAGAGCACCGCAUUUGCAGCAAUCACCCAUCAGGCUUGCAUUCCUGCCGCCGUCGUUUGUGUGACGAUCCUAAAUCGCUUGGAAGGUGAUCAGAUUGAAGCGUCCUGCGAGCGGCUUAAGGAUUGGGAGCUAAGACCUCAAAAACUAAUUGCUCGCUAUAUACACAAGGUGCUCUAUGGCGGGGACGAUACUGAUAGCUCUAACUGUGACUCUUGACUUUGGUUUCAAAAUGCUGAAUGUUUCUUUGAAAAUCAAAAAAUAUUUUUAAAAAUUCCACAAGUAACAUAUUUUUUUAUAGAGUAUAAAUUAUACAUGAUUUUAAUAAUAACUUAUAAAAAGUAAACUAAAUGGUAAGAAUCUACA